AUGUCAAUAUAUUUCCUUAUAAGCCUGUAUUACGCCCUUGUAUGCGAAGUGGUUUCACUAAAUCCUUUGUAUACCUGUCCAAAGUCUCAUAUAACCUCUUUUUACUAUAAGGAAAACCAUAACAUAUGCGCAAGGCAUGGAAUAAUUCAUUUAAAUACUAAAAGAUCAAAGCUUAUAUCAAGUGAAUUACCAAAUGAUGAAGAUAUGGCCAGUAAUUCUGGAUUGAAUGGAUUGUAUCGGCCAAGAAGUGCACUUGCUCGAGCAUUGUAUGAAAAGCAAAGAAAUGAUAGACAUUUGCAAGAAUUUGACCAACUUGAGUGGUACCGUGUCGACAAAAGCCUCCUAAGCGAAGAUCUUCAAAAGAAGUUCAUUCAAUUACAUCCUGAUGAAGAAACGAAACAGUUCCUAUCGUCUUCCAUUGACAAAUCGUCCUGGGUGUGGACUCAAAUCUGGUACAUGCUCGCCAAGGCUGUUCUUAAACAUUUUUGGACUAUAACCGAUAUAAAUGGAUGGCUGGGUCGGGGUUCAAUGUUCGUGUUGUCUGAGGCGCAGGCGCUCAAGCUACUGAACACCGCUACUCGUACACGCAUGACUGGGCUCAGCUCCCUUGUAGACGUCGGCGCGGGAGACGGUGAGGUCAGUCGGCGCUUCGCUCACAUCUUCGACGAGAGAUAUGCGACGGAACUAUCCGCCAGCAUGAGGAAGUCGCUCAGUAGUAAGGGGUUCUUACUAUUGGACACGGAGAAUUGGUGGCAGGGACAAAGUUUCGACUGUGUGUGUAUGUUGAACUUGUUGGACCGCUGUGCUCGACCUCGGAGUAUGCUGCGUGAGGCGCGGUCAGCUAUCAGGGAUGGAGGUGUUCUAUUACUGGCCCUCGUGUUACCCUUCAAGCCAUAUGUUGAAGUUACAUCAGAUCACAAGCCAGAGGAGCGUCUUCCUAUAACGGGAGCGACAUUCGAAGAACAAGCGGCGUCUUUUAUAAAGUUCAUGAAGGAUGAGAUCGGCUUCGAAUUAUCCUCAUGGUCGAGAACACCCUACCUCUGUGAAGGAGACUUCGCUCAAGCAUACUACUGGCUAGACGAUUCUGUGUACGUGUUCACACCCAUAUAG